CUCUUCCACGGCCGCUCUCCGUACAGCUGAAGUAACGGUCGGGUAUUCGCCGGCAACGCUGUUGUGUGCGCGUUUGUUAUCAUCAUUGCAGCCGCUAGCUCGCUAUGGCCUCUGGAGUAACAGUACAUGAUGAAGUGAUUAAAGUCUUCAAUGACAUGAAAGUAAGAAAAUCAUCGUCACCAGAAGAGGUCAAGAAAAGAAAGAAAGCGAUAUUGUUCUGCCUUAGUGAUGAUAAAAAGCAAAUAAUUGUGGAGGAAGCCAAAGAGAUUUUGGUGGGUGAGAUUGGAGAAACUGUGCAGGAUCCCUACACUUCUUUCGUUCAGCUGCUACCUCAGACCGACUGUCGUUAUGCUUUAUAUGAUGCUACUUACGAGACAAAAGAAUCAAAGAAAGAAGAUUUGGUAUUUAUAUUCUGGGCUCCAGAAAGAGCAUCUCUCAAAAGCAAGAUGAUAUAUGCUAGCUCAAAGGAUGCUAUUAAAAGGAAAUUUACAGGUAUUAAACACGAAUGGCAAGUUAAUGGAUUAGAUGAAAUUCAGGACCGUAUAGCACUUGCAGAGAAACUGGGAGGCAAUGUGGUGGUUUCACUUGAAGGAAUAUCCUUGCAUACUGACAAUUGAGUGCCAUCUUGACCCAUGGAGCUUCCAUUUCUGCAGCUCUGUCAUUUGAUCAAAGUUGGAAUAGUUUAGUUUUUUUUUCCACGUAAAGGAGAUCUCAUUAACUUAAGCAGCCUGCCUGUGGUUGCCCUUAGACUGUUUGAUCCCAGUAGUUUGUAUGUAGAAUCUCAAGGAAUGCUUUCACGUCAUUCAUUCUAGCCAAAACAAUUGUCGUUGCAUGCAUUCCUUGUUUCUUGUACAAUGAAUGUGAAUGUUUGUGAGUAGUUUAGAAACACUUAAGUAUAAGCUUUUGAAAACCUUGAGAGUAUUGUCCACUGGUCAGGUGGUAGCCAUUAAUUUCAGUAUUGUAAUUGAAGUUGCACUUGAUCAUAGUUCCAUGAGGCUCUUGUGCAUUUAUACCCCACUCCUGCCUUGAUAGCCUAGUUUUGUGUCAUGGCAACAUAUGUUCUACACUAUGCAUCAAAGCACUUUUUUUGUAAUUUUAUUUUGUUUUUAAAAAAGACUGAGGAAUGCCAACCAAGUUUCUGUAGUUCGUAAUUGCAUCAUCAGUGAAUUGUAGCUCUUGCGUUUUCAUUCCUAUUGUGCAGACCUUAAGGAAGGAGUUGUUUAUGUUGCCUUCUGUUUCCAGUGGAAUGUACACUA